AGUUGAAAGUUGAAGUUUGGACCGGUUUGAUUGGGGAUGACUAUCGGGAAUGUUUUGUGACGAAUUACACAGCAGGUUUCACGCAUUGUUUAUUAAGUUUUUAGCUGAUUUCGAAUGACGAAAUUGCCUUUCUAAAUUAUCUCUGAUAAACUGUCCGGAAUCCAUCCGAUUCAUUACGACAAAUGGAUAUGAUAAUAAAAUUCAACUGUCAGACUGCGGCAAGAGACAAACUCGCCAGGUUGUUCCAGUACUCCUGUCGAACUCUCUGGUACGUUAUGAAAGAGUAUCAAUUGUCCAGUAACAAUUCAAUUGGGAAAUUUGAAAGUUUAGAAUAUCAUUUCAGCACUUUCAGAAAACUGUUAAGGUUUGGAAGAUUUUUUGAAAACUUAUAUCACGCAUUGAAUACCAUUAAUCGCCCAAAUAUUAUUGUAAGCACAACGUCUACAUUAGCACACAUAUCGAAUGCUAUAUUUCUUUUUUGUGACCAUAUCCUGUGGUUGGGAAGGGCUGGUCUCAGCGAUGUACACUCCAAAAAGUGGUUUAAUUUGAGCAAUAAAUACUGGCUAUAUUCUAUAAUCAUGAAUCUUGUUAAAAAUUAUUUUGAAAUUAAACAGCUACUAGAAAGAAAAACGAAUCUGAACAUUCAAUUCUUGAUCAAACAUCAUAAAACACUGUUGUGUGACGUUAUUAAAAACAGUUGUGAUAUUUUCAUACCACUUACAGCUCUAGGAUUUCUUAAAUUUAGUCCUGGUUCUGUUGGAUUGUUUGGAGUAGUUUCAUCCAUUGCUGGUAUCUUAUUAUUACUAGAUCAGUAAUUUGGCACUUUUGUUAUUGUUGAGUAAUAUUUGUUUACUAUUAAAUAAAUACUUGUUUUGAAUUAUG